CGGGGAAGGUUUGUUUACGGCCAAGUGGUAGGAGGAGGGCAAGAGCCAGGCAGAGCCACAGUACAGCAUCUCUCUCUCCAGUCUUCACUUGUCACCAGUUCUGGUGUGGGUUCUACACCUUCAGUUAAACUACGGCACCUUUCAUCAUGAGAUUGUUAAUAAUUAUCUACGCAGUCUUUGUUGGAGGAGCUUCAGCGCUAUACUCGCCAUCAAGUGGGGUGAUAGAUCUUACACCAUCAAAUUUCCAGCAAGAGGUGAUAAAUAGUGACGAAGUAUGGAUAGUAGAAUUUUAUGCCCCUUGGUGUGGACAUUGCGAGGCACUCGUACCAGAGUACAAAAAAGCUGCUCAGGCCUUAAAGGGUGUUGUGAAAGUUGGUGCUGUUAAUGCUAAUGAUCAUCAAAGUUUAGCGGGACAGUAUGGAGUGCGUGGAUUUCCUACCAUCAAAAUCUUCGGUUUAGACAAGAACAAGCCGGAGGAGUUCAAUGGACAACGAACAGCUCAAAGCAUUGUGGAUGCGGGCUUGAAAGCUGCCAAAGAAAAAGUGAACGCCCAGAUGUCUGGAAAGAAGAGCAGCAGCAGUGGUGGUCGUGGUGGUGACAGCGGCAGCAGUGGUAGUGCUGAUGAUGUAAUCGAGCUGACUGAUAACAACUUUGAGAAACUAGUUCUAAAAUCAGAUGAACAGUGGCUUGUUGAGUUCUUCGCUCCCUGGUGUGGCCAUUGUAAAAACUUGGCUCCUCACUGGCAAAAGGCUGCCACAGAGCUAAAAGGCAAAAUUAAGCUUGGAGCUCUAGAUGCUACUGUGCAUACUGUUAUGGCAAGGAGGUAUGGUGUACAGGGCUAUCCUACUAUAAAGUUCUUCAAUAAGGGAGAAGUGGAAGAGUAUAAUGGAGGUCGAACAUCAUCGGAUAUAGUGGCCUGGGCUAAUGAUAAGGUUUCGGCAAAUAUCCCACCUCCAGAAGUAACGCAGAUUACUGAUGAGGAAAGUUUGGAAGAAGCUUGCAAAGAACAUCCUAUCUGCAUUAUUGCUGUCCUUCCACAUAUUCUUGAUUGCCAAAGUAAAUGCCGUAACAACUACAUUACCACAUUGACUAAACUUGGUGACAAGUACAAACAAAAGAUGUGGGGUUGGGUUUGGUCUGAAGCCAUGGCUCAAAGUGAUCUAGAGCAAGCAUUGGAUAUUGGUGGUUUUGGUUACCCAGCUCUAGCUGCACUGAAUGCCAAAAAGAUGCAGUUCGCAUUGUUAAAAGGAUCAUUUAGCGAAGAAGGAAUAAAUGAGUUCCUACGUGAUAUUUCCUACGGACGUGGACGAACUGCUCCAGUUCGUGGUGCACAGUUGCCUUCUGUAACAAAAAUUGAACCAUGGGAUGGCAAAGAUGGUGCUCUACCAGAAGAAGAAGAUAUAGAUCUUUCAGAUGUUGAUCUAGAUGAUGUGAUUGACACUGCAAAAGAGGAAUUGUAAAAGUUUGUUGGUCACAACUUCUAGUUCUCCAAAUUGAAAUGGAGUUAACCAUAGUAAACAAAGGCAUAUUUUCUCAUGUUGAGAACAGACUUUGUGAAAUGCAGCUUCAGGUUAUUAUGGCUGUGAACCAAGGUCUGAAAUUGAAAUGCCUUAAGAGAUUGGAAAGUUUGAAUUUGAUGGAAUGCUAUUAACAAAAGUAGGUUGCCUAAUUUAAUACACAGAAGCUACUUGGGCAGGUUUUUUUUUUUUUUUUUGUUAAUCUAAGGUAUUGAGGUAAAAAAGAUGCUUCAUGUUUACAUUCCAAGCAUUUGCCAAAGCUACUUAUACUAAUUUGUCAGUGUUUUUAACAUGCUUGUGAAUAGUAAGUUUUGAAAUGUUUCAAAUUAAAAUUAAAGACAAGGUUCUUGAAAUAAUUAAUAAUUUUCUUCUGUAGAAGAACUGAAAGCAAGAGUUUUUGGAACCGAUUAUUGACAUGAGGUGAAAUUUUGGUAAUUUCUAAGAAGUAAGAUUGUAUUUGCAGUUGUUUGCUUAUUGCACAAAUGUAAUAUUGUGUGAAUUUUUUUGAAGUAAAAUUUUGUCUAAAAUA